CUUGAACACAGCUCAUUCUCUAUUGAUAGUUCAGGUCGAUCGCUUCAGGCUCAAGUUAUCUAUAAAUUGCUUACUUUUAUGUGAAUUCUCGUGACGUAGCCCGUGCGCUUUUUUAAAAUUAUUUGUGCAAGAAAAAUUUUAGACUCGUGGACGACCCUAUAUCGAUUGCUAACCGGCCAGGAUGGAGAAGUACGAGUGCAAGCCAGAGCCGGUGGAGAAGAAGGAGAAGCCGGUGGAAGAGCUAAUGAACUGGGAUGCCUACUACAAGAACCGCGGAUUGGUCAGCACCCGAUUGGGCAGCUGCAAAGCGGACUACAUGCACUGCUCCACGUACCAGGAGAAGGGUAAUGCCCAGGAGAAGGACAAGAAGGGUAAGGGCGCGUGCUGUUGCUCCUCCUGUCCGGUUCGAAACCGGGAAGAGGUAUACCAGCCCAGGUGCCCGGCUCCCGGCCAGAAGGGCAAGCCCAACAGGGACUACAUGCGCUGCUUUGCCGCCAAACUGAUCGUUCAGAAGCUCAACAUGCCCGGUAGGGACUUCGAAUGCCAGGAUAAGCUGCAGAUUAAGGCAAACGUGUGCCGCGGGUGCAAGAUCUGCCUUGGUUCCAGCAGCAUCAAUGUCAACUGUCUUCCACUGAAUCCGGACAAGACAUUCCAGAUGGAAGCCGAGUGCCUGCAGAGGCAGCUGGCCGAAGGCAUAAACAUAUCCGUGGUCUAUCUGCGCAAGGAGAUCGCACGAGGCUGCUAUUUUCCACCCGCGGCGGUGGUCAGUCGCAUGAUCAACGAUUUUGACGAGAUUGUGCACGAUGCGAAUGUGGAGCUAACCUGCAAGGGAUGCACCGUCGGCAUUAUGAACAUCCGCUUCGCCAUGCAGAUGCGCUGCCAGACCCUCAAAGAGUAAGUAACGCCACCAGGACCUGAUCCUCGAGCAGCCUGAAUGCGAUAGCACCUGAACUUCAAUAGAGAUGCGGUCGAUGGACGAUUGGCGGGCGGCCAGGAGCGGGGGUGUUUUCCGAACAUGAAUGUGGAUCUCCAGGACCUCUCCUUCAUGUCCACCUCUUCCAUUGAUCCGUGUGUGGGUUUCAUGCCCAGUGAUACGGAGGUAGCGCAGGAUUCCCCUCCUUGCAGUGAGGAUAGGGCGCAGGAUUCUUUUCAAUGUCAGGAUUCCCCACCUCGCCUGAUCGACAUGGCGGGUCCCUAUCCCGUGUACUCCUGUCCCAACGUGGACGACGAUUGUGUGACCUUCGAGCCCCCGGCGGGUCCUGCCACUCAGUUCUCCUCCUGCCAAAAGAACGUUCUAGGUGAGGGAAAUGCGAACCGCUUGUGCCAGAAGCAUUCCUCGCCAAGACUGCGACAGAUGCACAUCAGCAACACCCGAUCCUGCGUCCUUUGCGGCGAGGAUGUCUCCUGGUUACCCAAGGUGGCCGCUUGUCCUUGCUGUGGCUAUAAACCAGUGCCGGAGUUCAAGGAGCGACCCUACGACGAGCAGGCCACUGCCCAACAGAUUCUGCUGGACCAUCUGGAAAAUCCUGUGGAGAAUCUCAGCUUUGAUAUGGGAUCGGUCGAAGGCUGUUCGGCGAAUGAAGAACAUGGUGUUCCAGAACCCACCUCGGAAGCCUUUGAAGCAAUUGUGAAGGACUACCAGCUUCUGAGGCGCAGCAUUCGCGAGUCCAACACCAAAGCCACCCAGUCGGCCACCAAAAAUCCCACUGCUCAAGAAGGUUCAGCUCAGCCGCAAGACUUGGCCAAGGUGUUUACGGAGCUGAGAGAUCUGUUCAAUGUUAAAGCCGCGGAUGAGAACCAGAAGAUCCAGGACAUCUGCGCGGAGGCCUGUGCCCUUGCUAAGUCGCACAAAAAGAGCAAAAAUCGUCCUGCAUCGCCGGAAAGGACAAAGGCUGGCAAGACGGACCCUGUGGAGGAUGCCUGCGAAACACCGCGGAAGAUGAAGAAGCGUCGCCCGAAGGUCAAACGUCCCUAUAAGUCGAGGUACUACUCAAUGUAUCGCCCCACGGAGAGGCCCAAGGCAAAUGUAGCCAUCCCGGAUGCAGACAAAAAAGUUCCCAGCCACAUGGGUUGGUUGUGGACCGCUCAUCCACUAGCCAACAAGCCUGGCUGGCGACCCGGAGCCAUUCGACGUUCCAUUCGCGGUCUAAUGAGUUACUUCCUUAAGGACUUUCCCGUGGAUAACGUGCCCGUGUCGAAGUACAUGUCAUACUACAAGCAUAAGAUGUCGCCGAUGUCUCCACCGGGUGAGAAGGCGGAGGAUUUGGUGCAGGUGCCCACGCUGCACAUUGAAAAGAAGAACGAUGUGUACACCAUUACCCUGCGUCCUCUCAAGGAUGCCAAGACGCUCGCUCGCUCCGCCAAUCCCUACGUGAGAAUGAAGCCCGUUCAGUUUCGGAUCGUCAAGAAUCCGCUGCUGAAGGAAAUUCGCGAUUUGAAGCGCUGCCUCAAGGGAAUGGGAUUCAGCAAGUGCUCUUGCCACAAACCGCUGAUGAACUGCUACUGCCGCAGUUUCGUGGACAAAAAGCGGCUGCUGUACCAUGUGCGGAGGGAGUGCGAGCGCCGGAAGAUAGAUUCCUGCGAGGAUGAGCUCGUUCUAACGGACACCUCCGACAGCGAGGAUGAGUUCGACUUCGGGGUCACUCCGCCGGCGGGCUUAAUGCGUCCAGAGCGACUGAAGAGCUCCCAUGUGAAGCACACCGAGACGCAGUACAACGAGAGUGACUGGGUCAAUCCGAGCCUAUAUCCCCAUAUGCCCGACGCCACAGUCCAGUACGAGAGCUGUGUGAUGGGUGAGCGAGAGAAGCCAUUCAAUUGGAUCUAUGGAAAGGGCGUAAUCCAGGAGGAGCCCAAGCCGCCCAAGAUGAGGAACAUUCCAAAGAAGCCCAAGAAGAAGAAGCCGGUCCCCGGUCGCGUUGCUGGUGGUUUCUCGGGACAGGAUCAUCAGGAUUCCUGUGUCUACAGCCGAGUCAAUAAUACCACCAUCCAAACUAAGGACCGGGAGAUAAGGCCGAUUUGUAAUCCUCCCAGCUAUAGUACCGACUCGGAACUUCCACUGACUGGCGACCACAUGCGCCUCCUGGAUCAAGCCGCCUAUCCACCCACAGCUCCACAGCGCCAGCAGCCCUGGUCCCGGGAAAUGGCCAAUGAGCGGAAGCGGUUAAGGGUUAAGCGGAGAACGAAGAAGAUGGUCCGGUUCGACCCCACCCUCGGACCCCACUCCUCCGACAUUUCCAUCAACUGAUUUCAUUGAUCCGGGUCGCCUAUGCAUUUACAUCCCAGCCCCAUAUCCUCAUACUUACAUUUUAGCCUAGCCAUGUUCUGAUUGAAGUAAACAACCGCUUAAAAUUAUAAGUUUUAAUAAACUCAAAAUUAC